CAGGCAACAAGGUGAAGAAAGCUGCUGCGGAUGUGUGGACAUUUUUCGAGAGGAAACCCGCAAUUCAGGGUGGCGGACGCUGUUGUAUAAUGUGCCAAAACCUGCAUGCGAUUGACCUCAAACAUCAGAUGGCAACAUUUGGAGAGCUUACAGGUACAGGAACACUUCGUCGACAUCUCUACAAGUGCCAUCUUGAGCAGUGGGUUGAUGCAUGUGACCGCCUGGGUAUUAAAAUCAAGGGAAAGAAUGUUCAUGUUGCCGUUCAAGCAUUCCGUCAAUCUCGAGGUCAAGCUGCCAUACAUGAAAUGGACAAACUCGCACAAUGCAUCCCAUUCUCACCGCAGGCUCUCAUUGACACAUUUAUUGAGUUCAUAGUGGCCAAUGAUCUCGCCAUCAACAUCAUUGAGUCGCCUCAACUGCGGAAGAUUAUCUUGAUGCUCCGAGAAGAGCUUACCGAAAGUGACAUUCCGCAUCGUACAACAGUGCGAAAAUGA